CCUAAGAUGCUCUUGGUUCUUCAUGAAAGUGAAAGCUUCACUUAGUUAGCUAAAAUAAGUUUUUUUGUUUUUUUUAAUGCCCUUUCAAAAUGAAUCACAGCAUUCUUGUUUGGUUUUCCCACACUCUACAAUCGUGUCAGACAACAUUAAUUAACUUCUGGUGCAGGACAAAGGUUGAGUCCAGCCUACUCCUCACUCUUCUGUUGCAGCCAUUUUCCACCAUCUGUGUGGCUGGUAUCAAACGGCAGCAGAGAUUUUGGACUCAUUUUAGAGCAUACCGAUGGCAAAAACAUCUCCGUUCUCCUCAGAUGGAGGGACUUUGGAACCAGCCCUCCGGGAUUUAACUCAGCCUCUUAUUGAUCACGCAGAAGGCCAGCUCUUCUUGAAUGAGGCCUUCAAAAUUAUAGUGGAAGAGGUGCUCCGCAAGGGAACAGAUGCUGAAGAAAAGGUGUGUGAGUGGAGAGAGCCUGAGAGUCUGGCUCUGCUGCUGGAUCUGCAGCUGAGAGACACGGGAGAGUCACAAGACAGGCUCCUGCAGAGAGUCAGAGAUGUUGCAAAGUACAGCAUUAAGACGAGUCACCCACACUUCUUCAAUCAGCAGUUUGGUGGGGUGGAUUAUCAUUCUCUGGCUGGACGCUUCCUUACUGAGGCCCUCAACACUAACCUCUUCACCUACGAAGUGGCACCUGUCUUUGUGCUGAUGGAGACUGAGGUUCUCAAAGCAUUGCGUCAGCUGGUGGGAUGGACGGAUGGUGAUGGCAUUUUUUGCCCAGGAGGGUCCACCUCCAACAUGUAUGCCAUGAACCUUGCUCGCUACAAACUAUUUCCAGAGGUCAAGACCAAGGGGCUGUGGGCUCUUCCUCGACUGGCCAUCUUUUCAUCCCCAGGGAGCCAUUACUCUGUACAGAAAGGGGCUUCAUAUCUGGGUUUUGGAACAGACAGUGUCAUCUUAGUAAAAGUGGAUGAUGGUGGUCGCAUGAUUCCAGAGGAUCUUGAUGCAAAGAUAGAGCUGGCUAAAUCUCAGGGUUUCGUACCACUACUAGUGAGCUGCACAUCAGGCACCACAGUGCUGGGAUCCUUUGACCCCCUGGAUUGCAUAGCUGACGUUUGUGACAAACACCAGCUCUGGAUGCACGUUGAUGCUGCGUGGGGAGGAAGCGUGCUCUUUUCCAAGCAGCAUAGACACCUAAUGAAAGGAGUUGAGAGAGCAAAGUCUGUAUCAUGGAAUCCUCAUAAGAUGCUGCUGGCCGGCCUCCAGUGUUCUGCCUUUCUGCUGCAGGAUACCACGAAUCUCCUGAAACGAUGCAACUGUGCCAACGCAUCAUACCUCUUCCAGCAGGACAAAUUCUACGAUGUAAACCUAGACAUAGGGGAUAAGUCUGUGCAGUGCAGCCGCAAGGUGGAUUGUCUGAAACUGUGGUUGAUGUGGAAAGCUGUCGGCUCCACUGGCUUAGAGCAUCGUGUGGAUAAAGCUUUUCUUCAUGUGAGGUAUUUAUUGGAACAGAUGAAGAAAAGAGAUGGAUUCCAGCUUGUGAGCACUCAGCCAGAGUUUGUAAAUGUGUGCUUCUGGUUCAUACCACCAAGUCUGAGAGGGAAGGAGGGAAAUGCUGAUUACCAGGAUAAAUUGGCAAAAGUUGCUCCAGUCAUUAAGGAACGCAUGAUGAAAGAGGGAACAAUGAUGGUGGGCUACCAACCUCUCGGAGACUUAGGGAACUUUUUCCGUGUGACUGUGUUCUCUCCUCAUAUUUGCCAUAAAGACAUGGACUUCUUCCUUGAUGAAAUAGAACGACUUGGAAAAUGUUUGUGAUCAUUAUCAGUGUGGGAAUGUGUGUGUGAGUGAGAGACUGGAACUGUGACUGUAAAGCACUUUGGGUCUUAAUCAAGGUAGAAAAGUGUUAUAUUCAUGACCAUUCUCACAUCGUUAGUAAUGAAAUUAAGAAUUAGAUUUAAGAAAAUCCAAUGUAUGCAUUCAUAACUGUGUUAUUAUUCCAUGGAAUUAAAUGUAGAAUAAUAAAAAUUGCACAAAACUAUUCUAUUAGAAAAUCGCAAACCUUUUCUUUUAAAAUUGUGGUUUUUAUCAAAAUAAUUUCAGUUAUUUCAAAAUUCCUUUGCAAAUUAGACUAAAAUGGAAGGGAGUAGUUCGCAAAAAAUAGCUAAUUUUCACCUUUUCUAUUUAUGCACUUGAAUCAAAUUACAAUUAUAGAUAUGUUGAUACGUGUUAGUUAAACACCUGAAAAACAGAAAUUAAGCAUAGGUCAAUAAUUUCAUUUUAGAAAGAUAAUAUGGCUUUUUCCUUAAAAUAGCUAAUUAUAUUGACUAAUUAAGGUCUUUGAGCGAAUAAGUGAAUAUUUAAAUUACUAAUCAAGUGUAGGGCAAAGAAAAAGAAGAAAGGGUAAUUACAAAUAAGUUUCAUAUUAUGAGCUCCAUGAAUGUUCGUUAAAGUUUCUUUUUUACUGAUUAAAUGAACACUACAAGGGCUCAAAGAUAUGUACAGUAUACAAUAUUGACAACAAUCCGAAUUCUUCAACAGUCAGAAAGACAGAAAAAGUGUUUUUUUUAUUCUAAAAGGCUGCUCUUUAAAUACCAUAAAUGAUUCGCCUUGUUAUGUAAAUGAGUAGCAUUUUUUCGUGUAAAGAUUUUAUUGUUAUUAUAUUUGCCUGAAAAUAUGAAUAAAACAUUACAUAAAGGGA